GGUCUUUUUAAAUCAGGUGUUCUCUUGUGUUUGAUCAUGGCUGGGGAAAUGUCCAUUUUGGGGUCAGCUAUCCUUGCUCUUUUUCUGGCUGGUUAUCUGGGACAGCAAUACUUACCACCCCCCAAACCGAAAGUAAUUGGUAUUGACCUUGGCACUACAUUCUGUUCGGUUGGAGUGUUCCACCCGGGACUGGGGGAGGUGGAGGUGAUCGGUGAUUUGCAGGGACGGAAGAGCAUCCCCAGUGUGGUCUCGUUCACGGUCUCCGGCAUCCAUUCUGGGUAUGAGGGGCAGGACCUGGCUGACGCCAAUCCUCUCAACACCAUCUACGAUGCCAAGAGAUUCAUUGGGAAGCUGUUCACCCCCGAGGAUUUGGAAAGGGAAAGCGCACCAUACCAGUUUCAGGUUUUGCAUCACAAUGGGAGUGCUGAAUUUUCCAUCUCGACCAAUAGAACGUUCACUGUUACUCCCGAGUAUAUCGGCUCCCGCCUGCUGUUAAACAUGAAGAAGAUGGCGGAGGGUCACCUCGGGGUCCCGAUCAGCAAGGCGGUCAUCUCAGUGCCUGCAGAUUUUGAUGAAAGGCAGAGGAACUACACUGUCCAGGCAGCAAACCUUGCAGGUCUGGAGGUCCUGCGUGUUAUCAAUGAGCCCACAGCAGCUGCCAUGGCGUAUGGGCUACACAAGGUAGACGUGCUCAAUGUGCUGGUGGUGGACCUUGGGGGCGGUACCCUGGACGUCUCCUUAUUAAAUAAACAGGGAGGGAUGUUUCUCACCAGAGCUAUGGCAGGUAAUAAUAAGCUGGGAGGACAGGACUUUAACCAGAGGCUGCUGCAGCAUGUAUUUACCCGCGUCCACGAGCAGUAUGGAGCCCUGCCCUCCCACGAAGGAGACAUUCACACCUUGAGGCAGGCUGUGGAAGCGGCCAAACUCAACCUAACCCUGGGGCAGACCUCCCUGAUCCGAGUGCCCCUCUCCCUGCGGGGCAGCGCGGGCUCCGUUGUUUACGAGGACGUCCUGACCAGGCAGCUCUUUGAGGAUCUCAACGCAGACCUCUUCCAGAAGAUCCUCACGCCCAUCGAGGAGGUGCUGAGGGAAGGCCGGCUGGACAAGUCGGAAGUGGAUGAGAUCGUCCUGGUUGGGGGUUCGACGAGAAUCCCGCGGAUUCGGCAGAUUAUAGCUCAGUAUUUUGGGAUGGAGCCCAACACGUCCGUGGACCCGGAGCUGGCAGUGGUGAUCGGAGUGGCCCUCCAGGCAGGGAUCAUGGGGGGGUCAUGGCCCUUGCAGGUCAGUGCCAUCGAGAUUCCCAACAGACACCUGAGGAAGAGCAACUUCUUAUAAUGGUCAAGAUACUGGGCACGGGCACGGCAGCCGUACAGCGCAGCUAUUAAAGCUUUCUGUGUGUACAUAACUGACACUGUGUGGCAGGAGAGAGUUAUUUAUUUAUACUUCCCAGCAGGGUGUCUGGUAACCCAUACCUUUGAAAUGUUCAUCCCUUCGUGCCAAAAGCAGCCUACUGUAAGCGUCGUGUUCAUCAGCUUGAGAUGUUUCUUGUAAAAGUAAAACCGUGCAAGUGUGAUUGCUGCCUGUCUGAAAACCGUCCAGUAACGCCCAGCACACAAGCAUGCACUUCGUGGAGCUGGCUCUCCCUGCUCACUGGGCUGAGCGGUUUACUCUUGUAUUAUGGCAGAGCACACUCUCUUUAUAUGGAUUAGUGUUUGGAUUCCAUGAAGUCUGUGACGCUAUUAAUCUCUAUGCCUCCCCGGAACACCAACAAUCUCUUUUAAGCUUUUAUUUCUAGAACGGUUAAAAGGACCAAAGCAAAAUGAAAGGGCAUUCACAGGGCUGCUGAAGUAGGACAACUAAUGCAAUGCAUCCCCUGGAUUUAAAGUGUAAUGGAAAGAAACUGUCAGAUAUGUAAUAUAUAAAGAUCGUAUUUCAUUUC